AAUCACUUUGCGCUGCAAGAAAAAGGCGGGUUUAAUGUCGUUCGUCUUCUUCGUCGGUGCUGACAAUUUCAACUUCCGGCUGGGUCGUCCUCUGGAACUACAACAAUGGGGAGUGUUUUGGCUGCCAGCUCCCCCAACCCUCCACCACCUGCCUCUGGCAGUGCUGCAGCCCCUGGGUUGACGGUGCCACCAGGCUUUGGGAUGCCUCCAGUUUCCUCCAUUAUCCCUCCGUCUGGGGCAGAUUCAGGGCAGCAACAGGAGGUUGAACCCCCUUUACCCAAUCCAGGUGGAUUUGAAGAAUGUCAUCGUAAAUGCAAAGAGGUUUUCCCUAUGCAGAUGGAAGGAGUAAGGCUAGUUGUCAACAAGGGCCUAAGCAACCAUUUUCAGGUGAAUCACACUGUGAUGCUGAGCACAUUAGGAGAUUCAAGCUACAGGUUUGGUGCUACAUACGUCGGUUCCAAGCAGACAGGUCCAGCAGAGUUUUUUCCAGUCAUGGUGGGAGACAUGGACAACAGUGGCAGCUUAAAUGCUCAGGUCAUCCACCAGAUCAGCCACAGAAUACGAUCCAAACUGGCCUUCCAGACACAACAGCAUAAAUUUGUGAACUGGCAAGGUGAUGCUGAGCUCAGAGGAGAAGAUUUUACUGCAACAGUUACACUUGGAAAUCCAGAUGUUCUUGUUGGUUCUGGUCUUGUUGUAGCACAUUAUCUCCAGUCCAUAACACCUGCUCUGGCUCUGGGAGGGGAGCUGGUUUAUCACCGCAGACCAGGAGAGGAGGGAUCAGUGAUGUCUUUAGUCGGCAGAUACACAGGUAACAACUACAUCGCAACACUGACCCUCGGCUCAGCGGGGGCUCAUGCCUCAUAUUACCACAAAGCUAAUGAACAGCUGCAGGUUGGUGUGGAGUUUGAAGCGAGCAGCCGCAUGCAGGACACCAGCGUGUCAUUUGGCUACCAGUUAGAUGUACCGAAAGCCAAUUUACAGUUCAAAGGUUCAGUAGACAGUAACUGGAUCGUCGGUGCAACAUUAGAAAAGAAGUUACUCCCUCUGCCGCUCUCCCUCGUCCUCUCUUCCUUCCUCAACCACCGCAAGAACAAGUUUCAGUGCGGUUUUGGUGUCACUAUCGGUUAAACUUGGCGAGCGGCGGGUUAACAUCCCGCAGAUGGACUUCAUAAAACAGACUCUUGGAUGAAUAGACUUGACCAUCUGACCUCUGUAGCAGACUGAUUAUUAUCAUAUUAUUACUGGAUUCACCACAGGGUUUAUUGAAUCACUGGAAGGUAACUAUGUAAAUCAAAAAGAAUUUAAUCAUAUUAACGAUCACAAGUGUAAAAAUUGUGUGAUCAAUCCAGACUUCCAAAACACAUUCAACCCGAUAGUAGAAAGAUUAAACUCAUCUGUUGUAAAGCAGUACACAAAUACAGAGCAGUUUGUUUCAGUGCCUGUUUGACUUUUACUUUUUCUUUUUUUUUUUUUUUUUUUUUUUUUUUUUUACUGUUAAGUCUGUUGGCAUGACGUGAAUGAUGCUGUCAUUUUCAUGUUUUAGUUUUGUUUUUUUUACAGAAAAGUUUACCAGUUAACAGAAGGGGAUACUGUAAUGUGUACGAUGUUCACAAUCCAUCAACUUAUUUUGUUGCCUUUUUAUGUUACAUACAUGUGGAACAGUAAAUGUAUUACCUGUAUAUACCUCUUGGAAACUGAUAAAUACCAUUUCUUACUAAAA